AUGCUUCCAGAGGAAGAGGAGCUAGAACCUCUGAGAAGAACUGCCCAUUCGGGGACUAAAUCAAAGGUGUUGGCAGGCAUCAAACGAAGGGCCAUGAAGGCCUGCAUUUCUACUCUUCUGGAACAAAAAGUUAUAGAAGAAGUUCCAAAACAGGAAAGGUUCCAAGGGGUUUACUCCACAGUGUUCUUGGCUCCAAAACCCCAGGGAAAGUGGCGUCUCAUCCUGAACUUGAAAGGAGUAAACUCCAUGCUCGACAUUCUGGGCUCUAGGAAGGCAUUUUCAAUUCCGGGGACUGACAUUUGGCCUCAGCUUGGCACCAAGAACGUUCUCAAAAGUUCUUGUCACCUUGAUUGCCUUAAUAAGAGUGAGAGGUAUCGCAAUCUUCCAUUACUUGGACAAUAUCCUUAUCAUAGGACUAUCUCAAAGGAUAGUGGCUCAUCAUACUUGGGUUACAAUGAACAUUCUUUGAGACCACGGUUGGCUUCUGAACAUAGAGAAAAGUUUCCUAAUUCCUUCACAAAAGAUCAUAUUCCUCAGAGCAGGACACAAGGGAAGUGGACCCGAGAAGAGAGUCGCCUACACUCAAAUCUAAGAGAACUAAGAGCUAUUUCCAAAGCCGUCUUGGUAUUCCUCCCGAUGAUCGAAAAAAUCUUGGGUACUAGUCAAAACAGACAACCAAGCAGUUGCUUCGUAUGUGAACAACCAAGGAGGCACAAGAAGCAGCUUGCUCUUGAAGGAACUAGUUUCCUUGAUUAUAUGCCUGAAUGUCCAGUCCAAUUGCUGGGACGUGAUAUGCUAUCUAAAUUACAAGCGCAGAUUACGUUCCUACCAAAUGGAACAACAUCCUUAAAGUUUAAUGGACCUUCGGGUAUUAUGACAUUAUCCGUACCAAAGGAAGAAGAGUGGCGACUUUAUACAGCGUUGACUAGCCAAAACCCUAGGAGUGAUGAGUCCUUAUUUAACAUACCAGGAGUUUGGGCAGAGAACAACCCACCAGGACUGGCCCGCAAUAUUCCACCUAUUAAAAUUGAACUAAAACUUGGGGUUUAUCCAGUGAGCCUAAGACAAUAUCACAUCCCGCAGAAGGCUAAGAAGAACAUACAAUCUUAUCUGGAUAAGUUCAUACGGUAUGGUAUCCUAAAAUUCUGUACUUCCCCCUGGAACACCCCAUUGCUGCCUGUUCAAAAGCCCGGUACAGAUGAGUAUCGACCUGUGCAGGACUUGAGAGCAGUCAAUGAUGCGGUUGUUAGUAUACACCCAGUUGUACCCAAUCCAUAUAACCUGCUUGCUUUAAUUCCGGGCGGGGCUACUUACUUUACAGUCUUAGACCUCAAAGAUGCCUUCUUUUGCCUCCGAAUUGCCGCAGAAAGUCAAUGUAUUUUCGCUUUCCAAUGGGAGAACGCUGUAACGGGCUCAAAACGCCAAAUGACCUGGACAAGACUGCCCCAAGGGUUUAAAAAUUCACCUACCCUAUUUGGUUCAGCUCUAAGUCAAGAUCUACUG